AUGACCGGGUCGGGGAAGCUCAGAACUAAGAGGUGCGAGUCUGCAGGGAAGGUCAGGGUGCCGAGGGCCCGGGGGCACCACUCCCACGGCUGGACGCCCGAGGGGCUGGAGAACCUCCCUCCGGAGCCUCAGACGGACUGUCGCUGUCGUCUAACCGGACCUAAACGGCUCGCAAGACCCAGCAGUCCCCGCCCGGCCGCAGUACCGGGCGGACACCCAGCAGGCCCGGCUCUACAGAGCCGGAGCCCCCGCGGCCGCCGCCACCAGCAGCGGUUGCCGCCGCCUCGGCCAAACCAUCCUUCGGGUACCCGCGCCGCCGCCGCCGCCUCACAACAUGUCUGCCGAGGCCGCUGCGGAACGCACGCCGGCUGCCCGGGAACGGAAGCGGACGGGGCCGAAAACAGCCGGAGCGCGCGGCAGGAGCCGCGGCCGCCCGAGCGAGAGCAGGCUGCGGAAGCUGGAGCGGCGCUAACGGUGGUCUCGCCACAGGCCGGGAAGGAGGUUUGCCGCAAACUGAUCCCAACACGCUUUGCGCCACCGGAAGUCUCUCUCCCCAGGUUCCACCCUCCCUCUCUACGGAUUUCCGUGUGUACUCUCCGCCCUCCCCCUCCGAGGCGGGCGGGAACCGCGGGUCCUCAGCCCGCAGCUUCCGCCUGUCGCCGCGCGGUCCUUCGAGUCGAUGCGGCGUUUCCUCUGUCAGGCCCUAGGGGAGCUCGCUUGUUCUGUGGAGGGCUGUAUGGCAGAAGAGCCGGCGGAUGGCCACGUGGCAGAGGAACCCUGGUCAUUACUGAAGAACUUCCUUUUCCUAUUUCCUUAGCUGUCGGAAUUAGGGCACUGAGUGCAAGCCCACCGUGGACUGAAUGGGACAUGGGGAAAGUCUAUCCCUGUGUGUGUGUGAUUGGAGGAAAGGCUUUUAUGACUAGCUAACAGCGUUCAGAUCAGAGCUCCCUGUUCUCGUUUGAGAAAGAAAUGAAAUAUUGAAAGUGGCUCUCCUCAGCAGCACAAAUGGCUAAGAUUAAAGCCAGCAGUCAGAUCCAUUAUAGUAGAAAUGUUUGGCAUACCAUGCGCUACAGCAUACUGACUUUUGGAGGGAAUAGAGAAACAAAAUUGCAUUAUCUCAAGCAACUGGGACUUUUGCUUCUUUCCAGGGUGGUUAUUGAGAGGAUGCCAGGGUUGCAGCUAUCUUAGAGAAAGUCAGAAUGGAGGCAGCAGGCCCUGGGAGACCCACCAGAGGAUGUGCUGCCCCUAGACAAUCAAGAGCCACACAAAAAAACGAGUUCCAGACAUUUCCUGCCAUAACCUAAAGGAUAUGAUAGAUUAUAUACUAUAGGUAUCAAAGGGAGCAAGUUUACUCCAGAUAAGAAAUGGGAUGUCUUAUUGUCAGAGAAAUGGGUCUGUUGAUAAUAUUGACUGCUAAAAGAUAAGGCAAUUCCCUUGAAGCUGCAACUCUCCAAUCAGUUCAAACCAAGCAUCUCUAACCUAAGCAAGAUCAGAGCAUCAUGCAUAGAGAAAAAUGGUAGCUAAGAAGAGAGGGAGCUUUGCAUGGAGAAAUAUAAAUAACAAACUAAAAGAAGAGUGGAAAUAUGGGAGUCGUCUCUACAGAGGGUGUUGUCCUUACUCACAUGGUCUGAGUUCCAGUCUGUGGGAAGGGAGAAAGUAGGACUGAAGGACAAAAAAUUUUCUUUCAAGUAAUUGAUGUGGAAGCUGUGCCUCUCAUGAUUCAAUGGAACCCUGGAAAAGGUGGGAGCUGGCCUCCCACAAUGGAUAAAUGACUCAGUGUCUGAGAGCACUUGCUGUUCUUGCAGGUAACUGUAGUUCAGUUCCUAGCACCCACAUCCACUGGCUCACAACUCUGUAACUCCAUUUCCAGGGGAUCUGACACACUCUUAUUGCCUCUGUGGAUACUGCACACACAAACAAGUAGACAUUUAAACACAAAGAUAGCAAUAAAAUUUUUUAAAAUUAUUGAGGAACUUAAGCUCUGUAAUUAGCAAAGGAAGGUGUGGAAUAUCCCUUUAUACUGUGUGAAUAUAUGUCACUGUGAUUGGUUUAACAAAGAAGCUGACUGGACUAUAGCUAAGCAGGAUAAGGUUAGGUGGAAGAACCAGACUAAGAGAAUGCUGGGAGGAAGAAGGAGGAGUCUCAGAGUCGCCAGGCAGACUCAGAAGAAGCAACAUGAAAAGUACAUAGAUAAGGUAAAUGAGCCUCGGGGCAGCACAUAGACUAAUAGAAAUGGGUUAAUUUAGGUUAUAAAAUCUAGUUAAACACAAGUCUUAGCUAUCAACCGAGCAUUUAUAAUUAAUAAUUAAUAUUUGUCUGUGUGGUUUUUUGGUAACUGAUGGGACAAAAAAGUCUGCCUACAGGAAGGUAGAAAAUAUAAUCAGCCAGGGUGUACCUAUACCCAGCUAAGCUCAUUCUUUUUUCAAGACAAAAUCUCACUAUGCAGUCUUGACUGACAUAGAACUCACUAUGUAGACCAGGCUGGCCUCAAACUCAUAGAGAUUUACUUGUCUCUGCCUUCCAAGUACUGGGAUUAGAAAUAUGCACCACCACAUCUGGUGUAAGCUCAAUUCUUACUGAAGAAAGGAAGACUGGAUUUGGGGUCUGGGUGUCUGAUAUACUAAUAUGUAAGGCAUAUAGGGUCGGUAGAAGCACAGGUGAGCUCAGUGUUUUGAAAGGGAUUAUGACAAUACUUAACAAGAAUCACAAUAAUGUACAAGUUCUUUGACUUAAAGAAAACUUAUUCUAAGAAAAUAUAUGCAUGAAGAUCUGGCUAUAAGGGUGUUCAUUGUAAAUAGCAGAAAAACUGAAAUCCAUCUAAAGGAAGUAUCUCAUUGAUUACUAUAGAUAAGAGUUGUUGUGGGAUAUCUGUACACUGUAUGAAAAUGUAUUGCUGUGAUUGGUGUAAUAAAAAGCUGAAUGGACAAUAGCCAGGCAGGAGGUAUGGGCAGGACUUCCAGGCAGAGAGAGAGGAAGUAGGAAAAUCUAGGUGCACAUCAGAUGCCAAGAAGACAUGGAGGGAGUCAGACAUACAGAACGAAAGGUAAGACGCCACGAGGCAAAACAUAGAUUAAUAUU